GCCAUUAACAAACUAGGGCUUAGCAAAUUCAGCUUCAGUAUCCAAACCCCCAAAUUUUACAAGCAAAGCAAAAAAUUAACAUCAAUGGCGAGCCAAUCUGAUAAUUCUGUAGCAUUUUCAGCAGCCGAGUUGGAGUUUCUAGCGGAAGAUGAAAUGGUUGAAAUUGUGCCAAACAUGAGAAUGGAACCUCUCAAUCUUAUAUCUGGAGAUUUUGGACCUUUCCGUCCACAAAUAGCGGCACAGGUGCCUCUGUGGCUAGCUGUGGCUUUGAAGAAAAGAGGGAAAUGCACUAUCAGACCACCUGAAUGGAUGUCCGUUGAAAAGUUAACCCAAGUUCUGGAGGCUGAAAGAGACUCUGAAAAGUUCCAAUUGUUACCAUUUCAUUAUGUUGAAAUCUCAAGGCUUCUUUUUGAUCAUGCCCGCGAGGAUAUUCCUGACAUCUAUAUGGUGAGGUCUCUUAUUGAAGAUAUUAAGGAUGUGCGGUUUCACAAAAUUGGAACUGGCUUGGAGAUAAUUUCAAAGGAGGUCACAUAUGCGUUGAGGCUUAAAAAUCUCUCAGCAAUGGAAGCAAAUAUAGUACGCCCAUUUGUUACCAAAGCUUUGCAGACAUUUCAUAAGCUAAAUACUACGGAAGCAAUACCAGAAUCAGGCAGCAUUCCAAACAGACAGCGCCAAGCUGUGAAUCAGCGCGACAAGCGCGUACUGAAAGGUCGAUGAAACUAUUCUCUCUUCACAUUGCCUCAUGCUGUGACCUUCAAAAGAGACAUGAAUUGCACAUCCAU